AUAAGAGCCCCGAAUAAAUAUAUGUUGGAGAAUUCAAUGUAAGAAAAUCAGUGCAGCAGAACUUCCCCAGAAUUCAAGCAUGUUUGCCUCCAUGUUCGUAAUCCUCAUACCAAUUAUAUUUGUUGAAGCACAGAGUGGGCAUCUUCCCCCAGAUGAAUUAAAUGCACUUAGAGAAAUAGCAGAUGAAGUGGGGAAGAAGGAUUGGGAUUUUAAACUAAAUCCUUGUGACAACAACUCCAACUGGUUGACACCACAAAGGGAAGGUAUGCCAGAGUACAAUAAUACUCUCACCUGCAAUUGUAGCUUCCCUGCUGGUAUUUGCCAUGUUCAAAGCAUAAACUUGAAGGGACAGGAUCUGCAAGGUGUCCUUCCUCCAUCCUUGGUGAAAUUACCCUUUCUCAAGAUAAUUGAUCUCUCUCGCAACUACUUAAGUGGUACAAUUCCCCUUGAAUGGGCUUCUAUCAAAUUGGAACUUAUAUCUGUUACUGUGAAUCGAUUGUCCGGGCCAAUUCCAAAAUACUUGGGAAAUAUAACGACUCUUACAUAUUUAAACUUGGAGAGCAAUUUCUUCAAUGGAGCUAUUCCACCUGAGCUGGGGAAACUUGCCAACCUAGAGAUGCUCAUUCUUAAUGUGAAUAAUCUCACAGGCAGAUUGCCAAAAGAACUUAAUGCUCUGAAAAAAUUGACAGUGCUUAGGAUCAGUAGGAAUAACUUUACUGGAAAAAUGCCUAGCUUUCAAGGUUUGAAAGCCCUUCAAAAAUUAGAGGUUCAAGCAAGUGGGUUUGAAGGACCUAUACCUGAAAAUAUUUCUGCAUUGACAAACUUACUACAACUUAGAAUCAGUGACCUAAAUGGAGGCGUAUCCAGAAUUCCUGCAUUUAACAACAAGACAGGCAUAGCAAUGUUGAUGUUGAGGAGGUGUAAUAUUUCUGGGAAGAUACCAGAUUUAUCUAAUAUGACAGGCUUGAAACAACUGGAUUUGAGUUUUAAUAAUCUGGAAGGAGGAAUUGAUGGUCUUAACGUUCUUGAUAAACUGCAGUACCUGUAUCUAACGAACAACUCUCUUACUGGGCAAAUACCUCAAUGGGUUCUAAAUCGAGAUUCCAGAUACUUCAUAGAUCUUUCUUACAAUAAUUUUGAGGAGAGCUCCGGGUCACCAAUUUGCAGUCGGGAAACCCUAAACUUGUUCAAAAGCUAUAAUGGAGGAGGAGAAAAUGACAAAUUUGGGAAGUGUCUAAAAAAUUGCACGAAAGAUUGGUAUUCAUUUCACAUCAACUGUGGUGGAGGCAAUGUUGUGAUUGGUGACACUACUUAUGACGCAGAUGAAGAUUCUACUGGCCUCGCGAAAUUUGUUUCCAAUAAAGAGAACUGGGUAACCAGUAAUACCGGCUACUUUUGGGAUAGGCCAGUAACAAUAACAGACUAUACAACAACAAAUAUAUCUGUCAUAAAAGGAAAAGACUCUAAAAUCUACCAGACAGCUCGCUUGUCUCCUUUAUCAUUGACAUAUUAUGGACGCUGUUUAGCAAAUGGACACUAUACUGUGAAACUUCAUUUCGCAGAGAUAGUUUUGAGAGAUAAUAGAUCUUUUCAAAGUCUUGGAAGGCGCUUAUUUGAUGUUUAUAUACAGGGUGAACAAAAAAUAAAGGAUUUUGAUAUUGAAACUGAAGCACAAGGAGCUGAUAAACCAUUAGUUAAACAAUUUCAAGUAGUUGUCCAGAAUAGAACUCUUGAGUUGCGCUUUGAGUAUGCUGAAAAGGGAACAACUGUAGUCCCACAUGCAGGGGCAUAUGGCCCUUUGAUAUCUGCCAUUUCUGUGGAAUCUGAUUUCAAGCCUCCCAAAAAUAGAAAGACUUUAAUCAUAGUUGUUGCAGUAGCUUCUUCUUUGUUUCUUAUUUUCACAAUUCUCUGUUUCGUUGGGUGGAAGAUCUACAUUAGAAACAAGACCUCACGGGAACAAGAACUACGAGGCCUUGAUCUACGAACUGGAUUAUUCACUUUCAGACAAAUUAAAGCCGCUACAAACAACUUUAGUGCUACAAAUAAGAUUGGGGAAGGUGGUUUUGGGCAUGUUUACAAGGGUACAUUAUUGGAUGGUACAAUUAUUGCUGUGAAACAACUCUCAUCUAUAUCAAGACAAGGAAAUCGUGAAUUUUUGAAUGAAAUAGGCGUGAUUUCUUGUUUGCAACACCCUAAUCUUGUGAAACUUCAUGGGUGUUGUGUUGAGGGAAAGCAGUUGUUGCUAGUGUAUGAGUACUUGGAAAACAACAGCCUUGCCCAUGCUCUUUUUGGUCCAGAAGAUUGUCAAUUGACUAUAGACUGGCCUACCAGACAAAAAAUUUGUCUCGGUAUUGCAAAAGGUUUAGCUUUCUUGCACGAAGAAUCAGCAAUAAAAAUUGUUCAUAGAGACAUUAAAGCCACCAACGUGCUUCUUGACAAAGAACUCAAUCCAAAAAUUUCUGAUUUUGGUCUAGCUAAGCUUGACGAUGAUGAGAAUACACACAUCAGCACAAGAGUUGCUGGAACAGUAGGAUACAUGGCUCCUGAAUAUGCACUCUGGGGGUACUUAACAUUUAAAGCUGAUGUUUAUAGUUUUGGAGUGGUGGCACUAGAAAUUGUUGCCGGGAAAAAGAACAUGAAGCAUCAUCCUGAUGAGGACUAUGUUUGCCUCCUUGAUCGGGCACUUGUUCUUCAAGAAAAUGGUAACCUAUUGGAGCUAAUAGAUCCAAGAUUGGGUUCUGAUUUUGAUAAAGAACAAGCAAUCAGAAUGAUCAAAGUAGCUUUGCUUUGCAUUAACCAUGCCCCAAGCCUUAGGCCAUCCAUGUCUACAGUCGUCAACUUGCUUGAAAGCCAUGAUGGUAUUCUUGAAUACAAUUCCGAUCUACAUGAAUUCAAUUCUCAAGAAAUAAUAGCAGAUCAUUAUGAUGAAAUGCCAGUGGGCUUAAGUGAUUCUCCUCACCAAGUAAAUUUUUCUUCAAAAGCAACUUAACAAUGAAAAAUUGUAUCUUUAAAAAUUACAAUAAAUUAUACUUGUAACAUUCAAUUUCCUUCCUUCCAAAGGACUGUUAGCUUGCUAAGAGCCAAUGACUAAGCAAAUGUGCAUAUUGAUAUCUA